AUGGCACAUGUGGGGGACUUUAAGUGGACGCCCUGGCUCCCUGUCCUGGUGGUGUCUCUGAUGUGCUUGGCCAGAGCAGAAUAUUCAAACUGCGGCGAGAACGAGUACUACAACCAGACCACGGGGCUGUGCCACGAGUGUCCCCAGUGCGGGCCAGGGGAGGAGCCCCACCUGUCCUGCGGCUAUGGCACCAAGGACGAGGACUAUGGCUGCAUCCCCUGCCCAGCAGAGAAGUUUUCCAAAGGAGGCUACCAGAUAUGCAGGCGCCACAAAGACUGUGAGGGCUUCUUCCGGGCCACCGUGCUGACGCCGGGGGACUUGGAGAAUGACGCCGAGUGUGGGCCGUGUCUCCCUGGCUACUACAUGCUAGAGAACAGACCCCGGAACAUCUACGGCAUGGUCUGCUACUCCUGCCUGCUGGCACCCCCCAACACCAAGGAAUGUGUGGGAGCCACUUCAGGGGUCUCUGCCAACUUCCCCAGCACCUCUGGCAGCAGCACCCUGUCUCCCUUCCAGCAUGCCCAUAAAGAGCUCUCAGGCCAAGGACAUCUGGCCACUGCCCUGAUCAUCGCCAUGUCCACCAUCUUCAUCAUGGCCAUUGCCAUCGUGCUUAUCAUCAUGUUCUACAUGGUGAAGACGAAGCCCUCCACCCCGGCCUGCUGCACCAGCCACCUGGGCAAAGGCGUGGAAGCCCCCACGAGCAAGGACGAGGAGAAGAAAGAGGCCCCAGACAACGUGGUGAUUUUCUCCGAGAAGGAUGAAUUCGAGAAGCUGACGGCAACUCCAGCCAAGACCACCAAGAGCGAGAACGAUGCCUCCUCUGAGAAUGAGCAGCUGCUGAGCCGGAGUGUGGACAGUGACGAGGAGCCUGCCACCGACAAGCAGGGCUCCCCGGAACUGUGCCUGCUGUCGCUGGUCCACCUGGCGCGGGAGAAGUCUGCCCCCAGCAGCAAGUCUGCCGGGAUUCAAAGCAGAAGGAAAAAGAUACUGGACGUGUAUGCCAAUGUGUGUGGAGUCGUUGAAGGUCUCAGCCCCACAGAGCUGCCAUUUGAUUGCCUCGAGAAGACAAGCCGAAUGCUCAGCUCCACGUACAACUCUGAGAAGGCUGUUGUGAAGACGUGGCGCCACCUUGCAGAGAGCUUUGGACUGAAGAGGGAUGAGAUUGGGGGCAUGACAGAUGGCAUGCAACUCUUCGACCGCAUCAGCACAGCGGGCUACAGCAUACCAGAGCUACUCACAAAACUGGUACAAAUUGAGCGGCUGGAUGCUGUGGAGUCUUUGUGUGCAGACAUCCUGGAGUGGGCAGGGGUUGUACUGCCUGCCUCCCCCGCUCCUACCAUAUCCUGA